CUAGCGGUGCCCCCUGCCCACCCGCGCGACCGCCUUCCGCCCGCGCCUUCCGUCCGCGCGGCGACAGCGCCCGCCCGCGCCUGCCCCGGCGUGUUGCCCCGCGGCUUGGCCCCGCUCGGCCCCAGGUCGUGCCUUCCCUCCCCGGCGGAGGCCCCUGCGGACUGCCUAGAGCUGGGUCGCAACUGAGGCGUUAUCCGCGGGCCUGGCCUGGGGAAGUGGCGGGGAGGAAGAAGAGGCGGCCGGGACGCGUGACAGGAGCAUUCGGGAAGAUUCUUACGGUGCCCUUCACGCGGUGGCUAUGGACUGAGAAAGCCGCCGCAAAUAAAACCAUCCCCCAGAGUAGUUGUGGCGGAAUAAUCUAAAUAUGGGUGUUGGAUUGAGGAAACUUGAAUAUUUUUGUAUCCUGAAGGGAGAAAUGGAUGAAGAAGAAAUGGAUGAAGAAGACCGAAGAUAAUGAUGAAGGGAUAAUUUGGAAUAGGAUUCACAGCAAGAGAGACAGAAGGGAAAGACAUUGAAGAAACAGACUAGUUAACGCAUGAAAAAAAUAGAGCAGAGGAAAACACGUCCAUGUUUUUCCACGUCUAAUGAGAACAGGUCUGAUGUGAAAGGAAUUGGAGGAGAAGGGGAAGUUUGGUGAUGCACAGUUUGCAUCCCAGAAGGCUCUUGACAACCAAAGUGUCCACAGCAGAUUCAUCCAGUCUAGAUAGACCAUGCACAGAGAAUUUCAAAGAAAAGCAGAAUAGAUUUCCAAACCUUUACCCUAAUCCAGGGAGGAGAAGACGGGACGUCAAAAUAUAGUCUUGGGUAUAGAAGCAUUGGGUUGCAAAGACCUGAACAACUGCUGAAAUCAAGGACAAAUAUUAUGGGUCCUAGCACAGUGUCUGAUGGAGCUUUCCUACCAGACCCUGAAAUUCACGCAUCAGGCACGGGAAGCGUGCGAGAUGAGGACAGAAGCACGACGAAAAAAUCUUCUCAUUUUGAUUUCGCAUUAUUUAACACAAGAAGGGUAUAUCGAUACAGCAAAUGCUUUGGAGCAAGAAACUAAACUGGGGUUACGACGCUUUGAAGUUUGUGACAACAUUGAUCUUGAAACUAUUUUGAUGGAAUAUGAGAGUUAUUAUUUUGUAAAAUUUCAGAAAUACCCCAAAAUUGUCAAAAAGUCAUCAGACACAGAAAAUAAUUUACCGCAAAGAAGUGGAGGGAAGACCAGAAGGAUGAUGAACGACAGUUGUCAAAAUCUUCCCAAGAUCAAUCAGCAGAGGCCCCGGUCCAAAACCACAGCGAGGAAGACAGGGGACACCAAAUCUCUCAAUAAGGAGCAUCCUAAUCAGGAGGUAGUUGAUAACACUCGCCUGGAAAGUGCCAACUUCGGCCUACAUAUAUCAAGAAUCCGUAAAGACAGUGGAGAGGAAAAUGCCCACCCACGAAGAGGCCAAAUCAUUGACUUCCAAGGGCUGCUCACAGAUGCCAUCAAGGGAGCAACCAGUGAACUUGCCUUGAACACCUUCGACCAUAAUCCAGACCCCUCAGAACGACUGCUGAAACCUCUGAGUGCAUUUAUUGGCAUGAACAGUGAGAUGCGAGAAUUGGCAGCCAUGGUGAGCCGGGACAUUUAUCUCCAUAAUCCAAACAUAAAGUGGAAUGACAUUAUUGGACUUGAUGCAGCCAAGCAGUUAGUCAAAGAAGCUGUUGUGUAUCCUAUAAGGUAUCCACAGCUAUUUACAGGAAUUCUUUCCCCCUGGAAAGGACUACUGCUGUACGGCCCUCCAGGUACAGGAAAGACUUUACUGGCCAAAGCUGUGGCCACUGAAUGUAAAACAACCUUCUUUAACAUUUCUGCAUCCACCAUUGUCAGCAAAUGGAGAGGGGAUUCAGAAAAACUCGUUCGGGUGUUAUUUGAGCUUGCCCGCUACCACGCCCCAUCCACGAUCUUCCUGGACGAGCUGGAGUCAGUGAUGAGUCAGAGAGGCACAGCUUCUGGGGGAGAACAUGAAGGAAGCCUGCGGAUGAAGACAGAGUUACUGGUGCAGAUGGAUGGGCUGGCGCGCUCAGAAGAUCUCGUGUUUGUCUUAGCAGCUUCUAACCUGCCGUGGGAGCUGGACUGUGCCAUGUUACGCCGCCUGGAGAAGAGGAUUCUGGUCGAUCUCCCCAGCCGGGAGGCCAGGCAGGCCAUGAUCUACCACUGGCUGCCUCCUGUGAGCAAGAGCAGGGCCUUGGAGCUGCACACAGAGCUGGAGUACAGUGUGCUGAGCCAGGAGACUGAGGGCUACUCAGGCUCAGAUAUUAAGCUCGUCUGCAGGGAAGCAGCCAUGCGGCCCGUGAGGAAGAUCUUUGAUGCACUUGAAAGUCACCAGUCAGAAAGCAGCGACUUACCCAGGAUCCAGUUGGAUAUAGUAACCACUGCCGACUUUCUGGAUGUGCUAACUCACACCAAGCCCUCCGCAAAGAAUCUGGCUCAGAGAUACUCAGACUGGCAAAGAGAGUUCGAGUCUGUUUGAAACCACAUUUACCCUGACCUGGCCACAAAGGCAACCACAAAGACCUCCUAGUUUAUUAAUGUCCGUGGGAGAACAAAAUGAUUGGAAUGGAAAAGAGAAAAUUAUUCUUGAAGACUGGAUUAACUUGAGCCACUGUAUUGUUUUGGAUAGCUGAGAUAUAUUUAUUAACUUACCAUUAUCGAUGUCAGCAAAAUAUUGAGGGUUUCAGUUACAUACAUAUAUGUGCUAUUGGGUCAUACAAUGGAGAUUUUUCUGACAAUUAGACUCCAUAAAAUUUUAAUGAACAA